UGUUGGCCGUAGAAGAGGAGUUAUUACUUAUUUGCAUGUAUUGAUGCUUUUGAUGAUGACUAAGCAAGGGUAGCUUCUUGGCACUGCUUUUAUACCAACAUGCCCUCUAGACAGAUUUAAUACGCACAUAGAUAAAGGUCAUCAGCCUCCUUUAGAAGAAAGCUAUAAAAAAUGCCUCCAAAUUAUCCCUGACUGAAUGAGAAUCAUACAUUUAUUUACAUAGUUUCCCAAAGGCUUUAAAGGGAGGCUUCCCACCGUUGCUGCUGAAGCAUUUUAUCUCUGCUGAGAUGAAAACCACUGCCAGUAGGGCCAAAGGUUGAAGCAGCCCAUAGGAGAUUUGGCCCUUAAAACUUCUACGAUAACCAAUUACUUGAGAACGUUUGUGUGACCUCUUUGAUAUGGCACAGACCCAGAAAUCUCGGGAAUUACAGCCGAAAUCAGUCCAGCUCAACGGGCUAACCUGCUUCUCCAAUAUCUACCCAGUUCAUACACCGAGCGACACUUCGCAGGAUGUCAGCCUGAACGUCGCUGGCAAAACCAACUGUCUGCCGCCUCGCUCUGUGAAAAGAGGAGCCUCUGUACAGCUCCGCAUUUUAGGAAGCUGCUUCUUGCCACUUCUUGCAAAGUUUUCAAGGUUAUUGCGAAAUGCCAGGCCCUGGAUGCACGUCAAAAUGCCCAGGAGGUCGGAGCCAGCCUGCACCUUCCCGGGAGCCCCGGUUGGAAGCGCAGAGCAGAAAUCGGCUGCAGCUGUCCCUGUUUCUUAGGAAUGGCAGAGGUUGUUAACAAGUGAUGAAAUAAUGAAUUGCUGUCUUCUUGCCACGUUUUUCUUCAUGCCUGCCCUUCCUUUUGCAGCUGCAAAAUCCAAGAACUCAAAGGAAGUCUUGACACAUGUUGAUCUGAGACAAUGGAAGCUCCCCGCAGCCGCGGGAGCACAGGAAGGCGUUUUUGCCCCCUCCGCUGUCCCAGCCCAAGGGAGGGGUUAGCUGAGCAGCCUGAGGUGCUCGGGGCUCUUCUCUGAUUCUUUAGAAUCAAAAACCAAAAAUCUUCUAUUUCUGUGUGGCUUUGAAUUCUUUUGAACUAAAAAAAAAUCCACCUUUUUUAAUUAUCCCCCUCUUUAUUUUUUUUAUUUUUUUUCUCUCUGACUUUUAAUUCUUUUGAACCCCAAAUUCUCUUUUUCUGCGUGGCUGCUGCAAAGACACUCACUGCUCCCGCGUGCAGUUCUGCUGUCCCAGGUUUGGAUGUGCUCGGUGGCCGCAGAAGCAUUAGAAACGAAAGGAAGCACGAGUGCCAGCGGGGUUCGAAAACUCUGCUAUAUUUUUACGAUGCCUUUGGAAGGAUGAGGAGCCUCAGUGCUUCGCAGCUGAAGGAUCUCUCCUGUUCGAUUAGAGCCAGCCUAUGCUGCCGGCUGCCACCGCCGACCACCACAUCAGCAAGGACUGAACCCGGUCAGAGGAGCUCCUGCUCAGGAAAUCAGGUUUUCCAGCCUGGAAGAAUCAAUAUGUUGGAUCAGAUCCAUCUGCUGGCUGCCGUGACAGUUCUGGGAGUCCUGGAGCAAGCCUACUUCCUCCUCCAGGUGAUCUAUGCCAGGAGGAGGUUUGGCAUUUCUCCUCCAAAUAUCUCAGGACCACCUGAAUUCGAGAGGAUCUUUCGAGCACAGGUGAACUCCUCCGAGUAUUUUCCCAUCUUUGUGGCACUCCUGUGGCAGGCUGGACUCUUCUUCCAUCAAGGUCUGGCUGCAGCCCUGGGUCUGCUCUAUCUCUACUCCCGCUACUGCUACUUUGUGGGAUAUAGGGCAUCGUCCUCAGAAAGGCUCGCCCCCAUCUACUUUAGCACUGGGGUUCUCUGGAUCCUCGUGGCAGCAUCAGCCCUGGGCCUCCUGCAUUUCUUCCUCUCUCACUACACGGGGCUGAACGUCCUCCGGCUGCUGGCAGCGUGACGCCCCGUCCCUCAUCUGUGUCCUCGCCUCCGUGUCCUGCUGCUUCUCAGAUGUGAUAGCAGACGGCUUGCACUGAGUACAGCCCUUGGUGGCAAAUCCGCCCUCACCUGAGCUUUAAACACCUCCCUCCCUGCUGCCCUGUGCUGGCAGGAACCACGGAGCUAUUCCAGAGGUAUUUUUCCUCAUGUGCUCUUUGAGCCAAUUGCAAAUAUCUGGCAACUCUGUCAUGACCGAUGCCGAAACAACAACGCCCUGAAAAAAAGGAGAACUUUAGGAAAACAGGACACAGAAAAGUGAGCUCAUCUCAGCCCCAGCUUCCCAGCCAGGGCAGAUGCCGAGGCGUUCCCAUUCUCCCUGUGGGUACGUCCAGCCCAGGCACCACUGCUGGGGUCAGUGCCAGCUUUCUGGGGCCCACACCUAGGAAAGGCAUUUGUCUGGAGCCACCUGUGGGCUGGGGCAGGGCGAGGGGCGAGGGAUAAAGUGGAGCAGCCGUAAAUGUGCCAAUGGUCUGCUCCGAGCAGCUUGCAAGACAGCAGAGCCAGGGGGAGAGGGAGCAGACUCACCACUACUGCACAUGUAACUUUGAAAAUCGCUGAGCAACAACGUGCGCGGGAGCUACUGCCAAUAAAAAGGCGCUGAGCUUGCUGUGCUGUG